AUGCCGAAGACGAAUUGAAGAGGGUAACUGCUGAGAAAAAGAAGAAGCUGUCAUUGGAAGAUGAAGAGGAAGAAGAAGCCUUCACCGUUGCUCGCGCUUCACGCUUUUUCGAAUUUCGUGAAGAACUGACAGGAACAAGUGACACGGAGCUGCUCACUCGGGACAAGCAAUGACAUCACUGCUCUUCUUGGUGACAAUAAUCCGUAGCGUCGUAGCGGACAUUCCGUUUCUUGAUGCAGGGAAUGAGACGGCCAAACAUUUGGCUUCGUUCGCCUUGAACCAUACAACGGAAUUCAUCGGACCAUGGGUUGCGCUCACCAAAUACAUCGUCUACGUCUUAACGAAGCAGCCUAUUGAUGCAGCUAUUUUUCGAGUCUACCAGCAUCCAGAUGCCCGCGCAACUCCAAUCAGCCUUUUGAACCAGAUCCGUCUGAACCAGCCGUUCGUGUACCAAGGCUUUGAGACCAUGCUGGUGGUUGCAAAUGUCUUGCUCGUGGCAUUUCUGGCCCUGUUCAUCCUUCGCAUGAUGCACACAUGUGGGGCGUCCAGAGAACAGGACGUCACCAUCAACUAUCGUCUACUGCUGCAGACAUAUAUUGUCUCUGCAUGGAUCAUCAUGGGCAUUGCCAUUCUCAUGGCGGUCAUUGUGCUGUCCUGUGACUACAACCUAGAAGGAGGACUCAACGGUCUAGAGAUCUACAUGAGCAGCCUUAAAGGAAGAAUAAAUAACUUUCUCGAGAAAGACAUGCUACAGGGUGCAGAGCUGACGUACCAGCUGAUGUCGAAAGCUCUCCAGGUUCAUCACGACUACUUCUCCGAAGCCGGAUUCGGGCAGGCGUCGCGGGUUACAGUUGUUCUUGAUCUUCGAAAGCAUUUGGCUGCAGAGACUCUUUUCUCUAUCAAUUACACGAACGCUGUUGACGACCUACUUGAUAACGUGACAACGUACCCGGCGCCCAUCGCGGAAAUAGUGUCCAACAUAAGCGCAGAGGCGAGGGUCAUCGAUCUCAACAGCUAUGACAUCACUCGUACCGUGAUCGGAUCUCUCUCCGAUUCGACACUCUUUCAGCGUUACGGCCUUAUUAUAACGGUAACCGACCUAAUCGAAAAAAUCAAAGGCCAACUUUUUUCUUACAACCAUGAAAUUGAUCUGGUGUUGGAAGGUGUCAAGUCUAUACACAGUAUUCUACUGGACGACCCAGACACACUCUUCUAUUUGCCUGCUCUUCAAAAGUUUCUGUCGAAGUCUAUCACCGUCAACAUGUGCUUCGUGGUCAUGACGAUAGGGGGCAUGAUGACCGGCGCCAUGUUGGGCUACGCCAAUCACAACGACUACGAAUCUCCGUUGGAGAGAAACGCACUCUCCAACACUGCAGGGAAGAUGCUGGUUAUUGUGAGCUUUGUCAUGCUCGGCGGCAUCAUAGUCAUGGUACUCUUCAUCAGCAUCGUUUUUCUUGUCGGCUGUUUGGGAGAAAUCUUCGUUUGUCGACCACAGAGAGACAGGGUUGUCGGCGACAAUGCUGACCUUCUCAACUUCGCUACUUCGCUAUUGAUGGAUGCGACCGUGAAUGCCUACCACGUACGGAAACUGCUUCGAUUGAGUAAUAUUCGACAACAUUGCCAAAGUCAUCUGGGCAUCUCCAGACUUGCUGGCAUCCACUCGGAGGAACUGGAAAAGGCCAUUGAUAGAAUCGACGACAUGCAGAGGGACCUCGUUGAUCACUACACCCUGAACCUCGAAGCAGCCAUCGACACUAUUCAACAAAGAGGGACCUCCUUGUACAACAUCCGGGCCCUCUUGGAAAAGUUUGAAAGUUUUACCAAGGAUCCUGAUGACACGCAGAAAAUCAGUGUGAUCAAGGGGAUCAUCAACGACGAUAUGCUACUCGUGAACUUCUCCAGAGAACCCGGCUUCAAGCAGUACGUCCAAACGUCCUUCCUGGAAGCUACUCUGGCGAAAUGUGACCAAUUGAAAUCCGAUGUUCUCACCUUUCUCGACAGGUUCGACCGAGUUGGAAACUGCACAAAGAUCAACACCGUCUUCGAAACUGCCUUCACUAUAAUGUGCACCGGCUUCAUCGAUUAUUUGAACGGUUAUUGGAGCGCAUUGCUUGUUUUGACUGGUCUGUUCGGCUAUGCCAUCUACGUAUGCCUUUGCACUUCCAAGUACUUAAUCACCAUGAAGAGUUACACCUACGAAGGUGAACCUGUGCCAGAAGGGGUUAAAUUCGACGAACUGGCUACACAUCGUAAGCAGAAGACAAGAAAGAGGCGAAUGGAACACAUAGUAAAACCGGAAGGUGAAAUCCCAGGUGCAGAGGAAGAGGAACAGAAGAAAAUGCGAGAACUCGCUGACAAAAUGAAGCAGCUGAGACUGAAGAAGAAAGAGCGGAUCGAAGCGGAGAAGGAUCAAGGCCAAGUGGGCAUUGCGAAUAUAGCCGGAAUGGCAGGUGCAGCGGGUUUGGCUGGUAUAACCGGAGUGGCUGGAGUGGCUGGGAUGGCAGCGGCUGGUGUUGGGAACAUUCUGCCCGUCUCAAUGUUCCUGGGUGGACGAAAGGAGAAAACUGAUUCCGAGGACGAGGACGAAUCCGAAGACAACUUGGAUCCUGAAUUCCGCUCAUAGAAUGUACUCUGAUAACAAUCCCGAGAAAAAUUUGUUCCUUAAAAGCUUCACAAAUUUGUCACUUUUGAUUAUAUAUUGUAUUGGUAGUUGCCAGAGUUCGGAACCGGUAUUUCUUUCCGUACAGUUCGGGUUCGGAUUCAGGUAUAUUGGUUCGAUUCGGGUUUAGCUCCACUGAACCGAAAUUAUCAGCUUGAACCAGUUCAGGUAUAUCCGUUCGGUUCGGAUUCGGCUAAGGGCCGGAGAACCCCCACCCCCCCCACCCCCAUACACACAUAGACAAAAAAGUCUGUCAGCGGUCGGGACAUUUACAGGAUUGGAACCGUUACUUUUUUAGGUCCCGGUUUAACCGGUUCAUGGGUUUUGCUACAUGAAAGCGAGCUUACGCUCCCCGUACCCGAUUGAGAAAGGUAUGAGAUAACCGUUUCAGGUGAGUCAGAAAAAGGUCGGCCAGUAGUACAAUUAUUUCACCUGUGAACCGAUUCUCGAACUGGUAACCGUAGGAAUUGUUUUCGGUUCAGUUCCGGUUUGGCUCAGGACAAGCAAAAAAUUGUUCUCGUUAGGUUGGGCUCGAGUUCGUCAGA